GCCCGCCGGGGAGCGCAGCGUUCUCGCUCGCCCCCGUCCCCCCUCCCUCGCCCCCGGCUGGCUUCCCCGCGGCUUUCCAGGACGGGACCAUGUCUUCUUCUUCUUCCUCCUCCUCCAAGGCGUGGAGCUUGGGGCGCCUGUCCCUUUCCGCCAGGAAAGGCAGCCUGAAGCCCUCCGCCCUGGAGCUGGCCGAGAACACCCCCAACGCCCACUACGCGCCGUUUGCCGUCUCCUCGCCCGCAGGAGCCCAGGGCGCGAAAGAGCCGCCGAGCAGCGGCGAAGUAGCCGAAGCGGCCACGGUAGUGAUGAGCGCCGAUUUCCCGCGCCCGCCGAUCAGCUUGGACCCGCGCGUCUCCAUCUACAGCGUCCGCAGACCUCUGCUCAGCCGCAGCAACAUCCAAGGCCGGGUUUACAACUUCUUGGAGAGACCCACCGGCUGGAAGUGCUUCGUCUAUCACUUCACCGUUUUCCUCAUAGUGCUGAUCUGCCUUAUAUUCAGUGUGCUUUCCACGAUUGAUCAAUAUGCAGCUCUGGCCACAGGGACAUUAUUUUGGAUGGAAAUUGUAUUAGUGGUAUUUUUUGGAACUGAAUAUGUGGUUCGAUUGUGGUCUUCAGGAUGCCGCAGUAAAUAUGUUGGCUUCUGGGGAAGGCUUCGUUUUGCUAGAAAACCCAUUUCUAUCAUUGAUCUUAUUGUAGUUGUUGCCUCCAUGAUAGUACUAUGUGUUGGUUCAAAAGGUCAAGUUUUUGCAACUUCAGCAAUCAGAGGCAUCCGGUUUCUGCAGAUUCUGCGCAUGCUUCAUGUAGAUCGGCAGGGUGGCACGUGGAGACUAUUGGGAUCUGUAGUGUUCAUACAUAGACAGGAAUUGAUAACUACCCUGUAUAUUGGGUUUCUGGGCUUGAUUUUUUCUUCAUAUUUCGUGUAUUUGGCUGAAAAAGAUGCCGUAAAUGACUCAGGCGAGCAUGAAUUUAGCAGCUAUGCUGAUGCACUUUGGUGGGGAGUAGUGACUGUUACAACCAUCGGUUAUGGAGACAAGGUGCCUCAAACGUGGAUAGGAAAAACUAUUGCAUCUUGCUUUUCUGUAUUUGCAAUAUCAUUUUUUGCCUUGCCUGCAGGAAUCCUUGGUUCUGGUUUUGCUCUGAAGGUACAACAGAAACAAAGGCAAAAGCAUUUCAACCGACAAAUUCCAGCAGCUGCUUCUCUUAUUCAGACAGCCUGGAGGUGCUAUGCAUCAGAAAACCCAGAUUCUUCUACGUGGAAAAUAUAUAUUAAAAAGCCAUCCAGAAGUUAUCAUCUGUUGUCUCCUAGUCCCAAGCCAAAGAAAAUAGCGAUGGUGUCGGUAAAAAAGAAGAAAACCAAAACAGAAAAGGAUAACGGAUCACCCUCUCCUGAUAAGAUUUUACCUGUUCCACAAAUCACAUUUGACCAUGUGUUGGAGGAUAGGAAAGCUGAUAUUUAUCAUAUGGAUCCCUAUGAAAAUUCUGGAGAAACAGGCAUGUUAAAAAUUUUUGACCGACAGCAUUCCUGGACAUCCUUUACUACAGAGCAACCAUCUCCCACUUCUCCAGUUAAAAGGAACUCUCCAUUUUUAGAGCCACAUACAGGACCAUUCAUUAGAACAAACAGCUUUGCUGAUGAACUUGACCUGGAAGGAGAGACUUUGCUGACUCCAAUAACUCACAUCUCACAUUUAAAAGAACAUCACCGUUCUGCCAUUAAAGUGAUACGCCGUAUGCAGUAUUUUGUGGCAAAGAAGAAAUUUCAACAAGCUAGAAAGCCUUAUGAUGUACGUGAUGUGAUAGAACAAUAUUCUCAGGGUCAUCUCAACUUAAUGGUCCGAAUAAAAGAGCUUCAAAGAAGAUUGGACCAAUCUAUAGGAAAGCCAUCACUAUUUAUUUCUCUCUCAGAAAAAAAUAAAGAUCGAGGGACUAAUACAGUUGGUGCCCGGCUGAACAGAGUCGAAGACAAGGUAGUCCAAAUAGACCAGAAGCUGAAUCACAUCACAGAUUUGCUGCACCGCCUGCUUUCCAGCCAGCAAGGAAACCAAGGCAGUACCAAAGCAUCUCCCAAGAAUGAUGUCAGCUCUAGCCUACUUUCCAGCAGCGCUCUCCCAACCUAUGAACAACUAACAGUUCCAAAGCAAGACGAUGGUUCCUGAUGCCUCAGAGAUUUGUUUCCUUUCAUGAAACUGACACUCAAUAUUAUGAAUCUUGAUGGGGGUUGGGGAUAAAUUUAAGCUCAGAAUCAGCCAUACAAGCCUGACACAUUACUUUUAAGAUAAUUUUACUAUCUUCUUAUCUGUUGUUCCAAAGAGAAUAAUUCAGACAACUACCAAACCUUAAAACCCACACUGUGUUGUUAUUCUUUAUUCAUGUGAUGCAUUCAGGAGCUCUAAUUUCUUUUUGUGUGUGGGUGUGUGUGUAAAUAAUUCUGCUACAAUUGAUCGCAAUAUUAAAAGAGUACAGGUAGUCCUUGGCUUAUGACCACAAUUGGGACCAGAAUUUCUGUUACUUAGGAAGAUAGUGAAUCAUGCCUGAUUUUACAACAUGUUGCCAUAGUUGUUAAGUGAAUAGUCAUUGCAGUUCUUAAGGGAAUCCUACAAUCAUUAAGCACAUCCAGUUCAGUGGUGGGUUGCCUCCGGUUCGGACCAGUUCGCAAGAACCGGUAGUAAAACUGGCAGGAGGCUCCGCUCACUGACCCGGACGUCAUCAUAGGUGAUCUGCACAUGCACAGAAGCUUUUUAUACGGACCGGUAGUAAAGGUAAGUAGAACCCAUCCCUGAUCCAGUUCCCCCAUUGAAUUUGCUUGUCAGAAGCCGGCUGGAAAAGUCACAAAUGUGAUCCCAUGAUCCUAGGAAAUACAUGCUGGCUGCUAAGUGCCUGAAUCUUGGAUCACAUGACUAUGGGGAUGGUGCAAUGGCAAUAAGCGCAAAACUGGUCAUAAGUCACUUUUUUCAGUGCUGCUGUUAGUUCAAGCAGACACUAAACAAAUGGUUGUAAGCCAAGGACUACCUGUAAUUGGUCCUGAUAUUAGCAAAAAGACAAUCAGUGUAUGUGCCCAGGAUAUUGUGCAACUGCUGCUGCUUCAAAUAUCAUUCUGAAGUCAUGCACAAUCAUACACAAUAGAAGUAGUUUGAAAAUUCCACAACUUUGCUUGGCUAAUUGCAUCCUAUGGCCCUUCAGUAAGAAUAAUACUUGAACUUAGUUAGAUCUGAAUUCUAUUUAUGACUCUGCUGAUAGUGAUAUAGUUUUGCGCACUAGAUUCCAAAAGAGAAUGUACAUAAAUUGCCAUUCUGCGGACUGGCAAGAGUAUACACUGAAUAAUUUUCCUCCCACACUCCAGUUUCCUUGUUUAUUCUACACAAUAUUGUGAAACCUACCACAUUUAAAACAAAAAUCUGCCUCUCUUCAAGGAAGAAUCAGUGCUUUAAUCAAAAACUGUAUUGUUUGUAAAGAAAGAUUUCUUUUGUAUAAUAUUGUAAUGGAAUUGGGACAUUGAAAUAUUGAAUAGGAACUUUUUAAAAAUAGCAAUUAUAUUACUGCCAAAUAA